GAACGAAAUUAUUUCUAUAUUGUUUCUUCGAUGAAAUUACUUAUAUGAGAAAUUGAGAAGUGACUAAUCCAAAAUAUCAUGUCAAGUUCAUCUCAUUAUCUGUGCUUUGCGGAUGUUCGUUAAAUAUUUCGGUGAAAGAAUUAUAGGAGAUGUGAUUUGUUAAUUAAUGUAAUGUUUUCUGAACGUAAUCACGAGAAUGCCAAUACAGGCACCUCAGUGGACUGAAUUUCUUUCUUGUCCCGUUUGCUGCCAUGAUUUCGAUGUGGCUAUACGUGGACCCAUAUCUUUAGGAUGUGGCCACACAAUAUGCCGCACGUGCCUUGCAAAUUUACAUCGUAAACAAUGUCCAUUUGAUCAGAGUUCUAUAAAUACGGAAAUAGAAAGUUUACCAGUGAAUGAAGCCUUACUUCAGUUAGUGGGAAAUCAGGUUCCAAACAAUGUUGCAGUGAAUUAUCAAAAAUUAUUGCCUCCCGACGAACUCAAUCAUUAUUUGGUGGCUAAACGAUGCAUCGAGGAGCUUGCACUUUAUUUAAAACCAUGUCAAGCAACUCCAAAUUCCACUAUAGGAGUGGGACUUGUGUCUCGACCGAUGCAGAGAAAACUGGUGACAUUAGUUGGAUGUCAAUUAGUGGAACCAGAAGGACGGGCACGAGCCGUGAGAGCCGCAAGAAGUUUGGGCGAACGAUCAGUAACGGAACUUAUUUUACAGCAUCAAAAUCCUCAGCAACUCAGUGCGAAUCUCUGGGCUGCGGUUCGCGCUCGAGGAUGCCAGUUCCUUGGACCCGCAAUGCAAGAAGAGGUUUUGAAGCUCGUUCUAUUGGCUUUGGAAGAUGGAUCGGCUCUUUCUCGAAAAGUCCUCGUUAUGUUCGUCGUUCAACGUUUGGAACCUCAUUUCACACAGGCUUCAAAGACGAGUAUUGGCCAUGUCGUACAACUUCUGUAUCGAGCAAGUUGCUUUAAGGUAUCGAAACGAGAGGGAGAUUCGUCAUUGAUGCAAUUAAAGGAAGAAUUUCGUACGUACGAAGCACUGAGACGAGAGCAUGACGCUCAAAUAGUUCAAAUAGCAACUGAAGCCGGAUUACGAAUAGCUCCUGAUCAAUGGUCAGCUUUAUUGUACGGCGAUACUGGCCAUAAAUCUCAUAUGCAGAGUAUCAUUGAUAAAUUACAAACGCCACAGUCAUUUGCCCAGAGUGUUCAAGAACUUAUAAUGGCUCUUCAACGUACACCCGAUCCAGGACAAUUAAGUAGUCUACGACCGCAAUUGGAACUUUUAGCAGCCAUUGAUCCUAGUCCAGAAAGUGAACCACCCUCUUGGGUAGAAUGUCGAGAGGCAUUAGAAGCAGUGAGAACUGUCGUAUCUGCCUUAGUAGAAUUUAUACAGCAGCAUGGCAAUAGAAAAUCACAAGACGGAGCUCACAAUACGGGACAACCAAAGUAUAAAGUCAGCAUGUGUCGCGAUCUUGCUAUUAAAGGAUCUUGUCCACGUGCCACUAAUUGUACAUUUGCUCACAGUGGCCAGGAACUCGAUAAAUAUAGAUCAAAAAAUCGAAAAAUGAGUAUAAGAUCGAAUUUACCAUUAACUGGAGUUUCGGAAUCCAAGGCUGAGAAAACUGUUAUUACUCCAAGUAGUAAAGGAUUUAAACAGUGCGAUGAUACAAAUUAUCCUCCGAAAAAUCUCGAUUGCGUUCACCGCGAAGGUUUCACCCCGAUUGUGCAACAUCCGACUGUUACUAAUGAAAAUAAUUUUAUUGGAUCGUUGACCAAUUAUAUGCUGCCUCCACCACAGGGAUUUCCCUCGAAAAAUGACGUGCAACAUUCGCAUUAUAUUGUACCAGGAAUGCCCUUGGAUUAUUCGGCCACUAAUCUACAAAUAUGGGAGCCAAUGCAAAUCUCCAAUAAUGUUCAAAACAGUCAGCAGAGCAACAACAAAAAGCAAAGAACAGUGGCCAAAACUCUCGCAAUGUUGUUGCAGAGGAAAAUGGAGAUAAUCAAUCAACUAGAAAAUAUUGUUGGAAAACAAUCAACUCCAACGAUGAAAACGAAUUACGAUAUGCAAGGAGAUAUAUUGACGCCAAAUUUUUCAAUAUGGACAAACGCUUCUGGGAAUCAAAUAACACCGGCGACAAAUAUAAAUUUUAAUAAUUCAUUUCGUCGGCCUGAUUCUGUGCUUUUCGAUGAUGAAUUUGUACCUUUUGAUGCCUCAACUGCCAGCAAUUAUGGUCCAAUUUCAAGACUUUCAAAAACAGUUCUUAGGCCAGCUAAUGGUAUACAACAGACUGGAUAUUAUGGAGAAGGAAUUACAUCUCCUUUACCGACAAUACGACCAGUGCCUGCAACCAGUCCAAUCGCACCUUGGUAUUAUGGUCAUCAACCUUACACCACAAUUAAUACCAACGGAGAUAUACCACCAGUCGCAAAUUCUGUCUUUAGCGAAGGUUUCAUAACAUUGAGUCGAAAUGUUCCAGAGCAACCUUCACAUGUACAAUUUUCAAGACAGGAUUGCAUGUCCAAGGAUUUAAUCUUGGAAUCACAGAAAGUGAAACAACAAUUGAAACACUUGGAAAAGAAAAUAAACGACUUGAAGCUGGCCACGCAAGGUGCUGCUUUUAAUGAAGGUGAAAGGCUGACCCAGGAACUGCAAAUGAUUGAGGCAGGCAUUAGAGAAAAGGAGAAAGAUGUUCGUAAUUGGAAUCCCUACAGUAACACUUCCUGGAUUCAGCCGCCAAAUAAUUUGACUAAUCACGGUUUAAACAGAGAUUAUAAAUCAGAGGAAGAGGACACGUACGAAGCAGCGAUUGCUAAUGAUAUGCGAGAACUCGAAUUACGAUGGGAUUUUGAAUUUCAAGAACAAGAAAAGCGUUGGUCCAAUGAAGAGGACAGCAUUAAAAAGUGAUGCGCGAACAACUUGGAAUUUAGUUAUUUUAACGAGACUGGAAAUACAUUGGCAUUAAAAGGGAUUAAUGUUCGGGACAUUUGGAACGUUUCAUUAAAAACGGCUAUUAUAACUUUGUAAUGGGGUAAGUUUUUAUCUUCUACUUGAAACUUGGCGUUUCUGUUUCAAUUUUUUUUUCUCUUUUUUUUCGUCAUUCCCUCUCGAUAGAUUC